GCUGUGAGCUGCAAUAACCUGUAAUAUGAUAUAAAUAAGUUGCAUUUUUAAGAAAUUUUUUUUAUUUAUUUCUACUGUGAUUUGAAGUUAUUAUUUUUAUUGGUGAAAGAUUUUGUUUAAGCUGAAAUGAUGGGCUCACAACAUCAAGACGCUAAUGAAAAUAUUGUAACUGGUACUUUGCUCAAUACCCCACCAAAGAAAAAAGAAAAAUUGUACAAAAACAUCACUUGCAAAAAUUUAGAGACGCUUGGCUGAAUGAUAAUGAUUAUAAAACAUGGCUUGCUAAGAUUCCAGAUGAUCCUUACAAAGCUAAGUACCGAAUAUGCAAUGUGAGCUUUACGGCAGAGUUAACUGUGUUUGAAAAUCAUAUCAAAUCUCAAAGUCAUCAACGUCAACCGCUCGAGCACCAACCGAAAAUAAACUCAUUUCUACAGACACCUGAGAUAAAUACUAUAAGCGAGGCUUCUCGUAAAUUUGAAAUAAAAUUGUGUGCUUUUUUUGUUGAUCGUAACCUAUCGUUCAGAAUUUUGGAUCAUUUAACACCUUUAAUUAAAGAAUGUGUACCUGACUCAGCGAUUGUGAAAGGUGUUCAAUUGAAAUCAACGAAAGGUGUUGCAAUUAUAAAAAACGUGAUUAGUGAAUCUGAAAAAGAACAGUUACAAAAUAAGUUCAAGUCGUCUUUUCAGUGUUCUCAUAGAUAAGUGUACAGAUAUUGCUGCAGUUGAAACAAUGUGAAUUAUUGUUCGGUAUUAUCGUAGAUUCAGGCAUUUAUAUUUCAAAAUGUAUAUGCCAUUCGCUACACUUAUGCGCUAGCAAAGCCUGCAAAGGAUUACCUCGAAGCUGUGAAAGCUUAGCGCGUAACAUGUAUAACAAAUUUAAAAACAGUGCUAAAAGACAACAUCAGUUUCAAGAAUUCCAACGAUUUCUUGAUAUUGAAGUCCACAAGAUCCUACGGCCUUCAGAAACACGUUGGCUAUCUCUAUACGGAGUUGUAAGAAGAAUACUCGAGCAAUUGGAUGCAUUAAGAAUUCAAGUGGAAUCCAAACCAAGUUGUAGGUAUUGAGCAGCCAACUACUUUCUUUCUAAUUGUUAUCAUUUCACUUUUUUCAUACAAAUGAGUACGAGAUUAUAAAGCGCGUAAAUUUCGCAUUGGUGUGUCUUUUAAAACUGCAGUCUAGUGAAUGUCAAUUGCAACGGACGUGUAAUGGAUAUGUGUAAUGGAUACAAGAAUGCCAAAGACCCCUAUGUAAAGAACUCUGAAACAUGUAGAUAUUUUACGUUUUGUCGGAUCUUUUGAAAUAAAUUGUGAGCAUGAAUUAAUCAAACAAAACUUUGUAAAAUAAUCCACAAUUCAAUAAUGAUAUAAUUAAACUUAAUAAUUUUAUGAUUUUUGUAAGAAUACUAAGUGAUUCAUCCAAAAUAACAUGAGACAAAUAGUCGUGUAUUACUGGAAAUAUCAUUUAAAAUUAUUUAUAUUAUAUUCGGCAUGUAGUGAAUAUGAAAACUGCAAUUUUGCUUUAUUUAACUAAUGACAUGAUUAUAUUUUUAAUUAAUACGGCAAAUGAGAUAAUACGACAACAUGACCAUGUAGUUGUUUUAAAAAUUAUGAUACUGUAUCGUAUAAAAUUAAAAGAUAUGAAAUUGGUCGAAAAUACAAUUCGAGGGAGCAUAGAAAAGUAAUGAUGAGAAUAAAUGAUAUUUCAAGUAGGAAACAGUUUAGAAUAGAAAGGGUGCCAAAACAUCAUAAUGAUAAAUAACUACAAUAAAAGUGAAGUUAAUACACGUCUUUGCUUACUCUUGGAUGAUUUGGAGAUGCAAGAAGAUCCAAGAACAGCAUCGUUGAGACGAAUCAGUUAUGGGAUAAUUUUACCAGCUAUCUGUUGUUUAGGAAUUAUCGGAAAUAUAUUCAAUCUUGUUGUACUAACAAGAAAAAAUAUGCGAGGCACUGCGUAUAUUUAUAUGCGAGGAUACUCGGCGGCAGCAUUAUUGGCAAUUCUUUUCUGCAUUCCUUUUGCCUUGCGGGUUCUCAUUCACAAAGAGACAGGAAGAUGGAGUAACUGGCCUCAAGCUUUUUAUCAUGCUCAUUUAGAACUUUUUUUGGGAAAUGGAUGCUUAGGUGUGGGAGUCAUGAUGCUGUUGGCUUUAACAAUUGAGCGCUAUGUGAGCGUAUGUCAUCCAGGUCAAUACGCACGUCCGUUAUGUGGACCUCCUUAUUUCACAGUCAGUUUGAUUCCACUUGCAACCUUUCUUGUUUAUCUUCCUAGCGUAUUUAAAGGAGAGGUUAUAACUUGUCUAUUAUCAUCGGGUGAAUCUAUUAUUUACCAAAAACGUGACAAUUUAUCAUUUAUGCAUUCAAUAUUUUAUCAAAUAUACAAAGUUAUCCUUGAGGUUGUAUUUAAAGUAGCGCCAACAAUACUACUUGCAGGAUUUAAUUUGCGGAUAAUGAUUGUGUACAGAAAAUCAUGUGAAAGAAGACGAAAAAUGACAUCUCGAAUCAUGAACAGUGGUGAUGAUGAUUCGAGAUCUUUCGCAGAAGAACGUCGCCUUGUCUUACUUCUCAGUAGUACCAGUAUUCUUUUUCUCAUUUGUGUUAGUCCAAUGGUUAUAUUAAAUGUAACUUUGAGCGAGAGUAACUUGACUUUAUAUCCUUAUCAGAUGUUUCGUGCUUUGGCUAACCUACUCGAAAUUACCAAUUACUCAAUUACAUUCUACAUUUAUUGUUUAUUUUCUAAGGAUUUUCGUAAUACACUUAUUCAAACUAUUAAGUGGCCAUGGUGUAAAACGGCACAAAAUAGACAUAGGUUGCCAAUGAAGAGAUCUCUUAAUCCUAGACCAACAAUCACUACAACACCACCAACUACUACCGUUGCCACUCCUGGACAUGUACCACGUGCGAAUGUGUAGUUGUCGCCCAACGAAUAUCAUUCGGUGAUAAUUAAUGAUAGAUAUUAAUGAACGAAACAGUUAUCUACAAAUAAAAGAAAAGAAUUGAAAUUGUGAUUUAAAAAUUUUAAACUGUCUAGAAUAUGUACCUGGUUUAUUUACAUAUUUUCCAAAUAGAUUUGUUACAGAGAAAGCUUUAGUUUACCAAAACAUUUUGUAAGCUCUUCAUAUAUAUUAUUAAAUUGUAUUU